CGGGGCAACAGAGUUUAUAAAAGAUUAAAGUCAACGCAUUAAGCUCAGUCAUCAUCGUGCGGUGAGGCGGGGGGAAACCGUCGAGCUGGAUCCCGGACACGUGAUGGAUUUUUCCCGGAAACGUAAGCGAAGUCGCUGGAAUGACGAAACGCCAGACCAGAAGACAAUCAUUCCUGGGAUGCCAACAGUGAUACCUCCGGGGCUCAGUCGUGAGCAGGAAAGAGCUUAUAUAGUUCAACUACAAAUUGAGGAUCUGACACGCAAGCUUCGCACGGGAGACCUGGGAAUACCCCAUAACCCAGAAGACAGAUCCCCAUCUCCUGAGCCCAUUUAUAAUAGUGAAGGGAAACGUCUUAAUACGCGGGAGUUCAGGACGCGUAAAAAACUGGAAGAGGAGCGUCACAACCUAAUCACUGAAAUGGUGGGAUUGAACCCAGACUUCAAACCCCCUGCAGACUACAAACCUCCUGCUACACGUGUCAGUGACAAGGUCAUGAUCCCUCAGGAUGAAUAUCCAGAAAUUAACUUUGUGGGUCUGCUUAUUGGGCCCAGGGGCAAUACGCUGAAAAACAUUGAGAAGGAGUGUAAUGCUAAGAUAAUGAUCCGGGGUAAAGGUUCAGUGAAGGAAGGUAAAGUGGGACGCAAGGAUGGGCAGAUGCUACCAGGGGAGGACGAGCCACUCCAUGCCCUGGUAACAGCCAAUACCAUGGAUAAUGUCAAGAAAGCAGUCGAUCAGAUACGAAAUAUUCUCAAACAGGGUAUAGAGACUCCAGAGGAUCAAAACGACCUUCGGAAAAUGCAGUUACGCGAGCUAGCGCGCCUCAAUGGCACGUUGCGUGAAGAUGACAACAGGAUACUACGACCCUGGCAAAGCACAGAAACACGGAGCAUCACGAAUACCACCCUAUGUACGAAGUGUGGAGGAGCUGGACAUAUUGCUUCUGACUGCAAGUUUAUAAGUGUAUCAGUGCGUCCUGGAGAGCCCCAAUCAGCUCAGGACAAGGCAAGGAUGGAUAAAGAAUACCUUUCCCUUAUGGCAGAAUUGGGAGAAGCCCCGGUACCUUCCUCUAUGGGUGCAACAACGGUUCAGUCACAUCCCAUACAAGGGAGCCCAAGACCUACUGGUAUGACUGGGAACCAGCCACCCUUGACCCGGCCACCCUGGAUGGCUACUGAUCGUCCAUUCCCAUCUCUACAUGGUUCACCUCACUCCUUCCAUCAUCCAAUGGGAGGAGCUGGCAAUGGUCCACCCCUCCAGCCUAAUCCUGCCCCCCAUCAUCACUGGAUGCAACCCCAUCAUGGACAACAUCCACAUGGUCAUCCUAUGGGCCUCUUGCAUUCACAUCCAAUGGGCCUGAUGCCACCUCCGCCUCCACCACCUAGUGGACCAGCUCCUCCACCACCACCAUCUGGUCCCUCUUUGCCUCCUUGGCAACAACAAGCUACAGGAGCACAUCACCAGCCUGGAGCACCCCUUCCAUGGCAGCAGAGCUCCCAAACCACAUCUGCCUCAGGCUCUCUUCCUCCAUGGCAGCAGCAACAAGGAGGGGCUAGUGCUUCAUCUAGUGCUGCCAUACAGUCGAGUGCCUCUCUUGUACCCCCACCCCCUGGUGUCCAACCCCCACUGCCCCCUAGUGCCCCACCACCACCUCCGCCGCCACCACCUGGAACGUCUGGCCUUCUGUAUGCGCCACCACCUCCUCCCCCACCUCCAAUGGAUCAUUCCAACUUUGUCACUAUGAUGGGUAUGGGUGUUCCAGGAAUACCUCCAUUCUCUAUGCCCCCUGCUCCUCCUCCACCCCCACCCCAAAACUGAGUCACCAUUUUCUACUUUCAUUCACUAUUAAGGUGAUCUGCCAUUCACAUCAGAACUCUGUAUUUUCCACACUGAAUAGUUGAAUCCUACCAAUGAUAAAUGAGGAACAGCAUACACAUGCUUAAUAAAUUUGUGCUUAAUACAGACUUUAACAAUCCAACCGCUCACUUAUUUUGAAUUCAGUUGGGGCUCCUUUGUACUUCCAUCAGGAUGGUAGUCAUUUUGUUUUACCCUAGUAAGGCUUUAUGGUUUAUAUUCAGUUUUUUAAUACAGGUGUUAAAUGCUAGUUAAAGAAUGACAAAGCCUUGUUCUUUAACAUUUAAACUGAGUGUGUGAAGCAUAGGUAAAUCUUUUUACGGAUUGUCACAGAUAACAUGUUGCUCAUUGCUGCCUCUGACAUUUUGUUCUAAUUCCUAUUUUUCAAUGCAGAACAAAAAUGGUACUUUGCCACACUCAUAACUACUUGUCUAGUAACUCUAAAUACCUUUAAUAAUGCAUUGUUAAUUUGCCAUGUUACUUUAGUCUUGUGUGAGUAAAGGCAGUAUGUCUAUCCUCGUUCCCUGAUGUGACUUGUGGAUGGGUGCAAAGUUCUUUGUCAAGGAAAAGCAGCAGUUGUAGCAUUUAGUCUGAUCCUAUCGCCUUUAUGCUUGCUUUUUUUGUCUGCUGUAAAAAGAGCCUGUCUUACAUUAAAAUAAUUUUUAAAAAAAAUAAAACAAA